GCCAUUCAUUGCUCACUAUACCCUUCCUUUCUCUCUCUUUUCACUUAUUUCAUAAACCCUCUUAGUUUCUCAACAGCUGCAACCACUCUUCGUCAAUGGAAGGAAACGAUUUGUCCCACAACAUGCCUGCACUCGACACUUUUCAAAGAUCUACUUCAUCUUCCCUUGAACCAAAUGAGAUGAUCAAGAACAGCACUGAAGAUGAUAAGGUGAAGGAGCAAGAGGAAGGGCAUAGGGUUGAUGUAGAAGAAACGGGGCGUGAGAAGCUGAAGAGACUCCGGGAAGAGGUGAUGAUGAUGGAGAAAGUUAAUAUACCAGAAGAUUGGGGCCAAGAGCAAAAGCUGAACGACUGGGUCGACUAUACUAUGUUUAAUGCGUUCCUUGCUCCUCAUAGCUUGAUUGUGUCUGCUCGUGAUGCCCUUAUUGCUAAUGCAUGCAAAGCAAAGUCGCCAAGAUUAAGGACCUGAAGUAGUUUCUGAUGUUUCCUUUUCACUGGCUACUAGUUGUUCUUAAUAUUCCGUGUUAUGACUAGAAUUAUAUGUUUUUGAGAUUCACAUA